UGAAGUCACCGCUGCGGCUGUGUGAGUUAGCUCGAUUCCAAGCGACUCUUCUGAUUAAAGUUGAGUAAUUAAAGGGCCUUCAUGGUUGAUUAAAGUCCGUGUGUGGUUGAGAAGCAGCGCUGCGUGGAUCUUCAGCUGAUAUUACAGUAGUGUCUGUGAGUACUGUAGUAUUACCGCGGUAUAUCGCUGAUAUCUCUCGGAUUCACGCAGCUCUUUGGAAACAUCGAGGGACUGGCUCAUGUUUGUUUGACAUUCAUUCCUUUUUUAUUCAAUUUUAUAAAAGAAGAGGAUAAAAGUCACUCGUAAUAAAUGCCAGAGACUGCUGAGGACUGAAAUCAUGGAGCGCAGCUGAACGAACACAUCCACAGCCGAGUCAUGUCUCUGCCGGAGGAAGCAGGGGAUCGUGGGAAGGAGCGGGAGCGUGGCGCACGUCCCAAGGUUCGUCAGAGCCGCUCCGAGGAGAGACGAGACGGAGGGAGGCGGAAGAGCAGGACAAGGAAGAAGAAGAGCCACCCGUCACAUGACCUGACCUCGGAGCGGCCCUUGAGCGACGGCUUCCAGUACGGAGAUCUGCUGGAGUCCAGCUCAUCCUCUCAGGUCCUGGGAUCGUCCGGAUCCCUGCUGUCCGAACCGGUCUCCACCAAACACUCCCUCGCCUCUGACUCCAGGAGCAGCAGGACGCUCCGCCAGAAGAUCCAGGACGCAGUGGGCCAGUGUUUCCCCAUCAAGACCCAGGUCCUGUCCCCCUCGCCGUCCUCCAGGCGUAAGAUCCUCCUCAGCGAGCUCAUGCUGGACAGCUGUCCGUUCCCCGCCGGCUCGGACCUGGCACAGAAGUGGUACCUCAUCAAACAGCACACGGCUCCCAUCUCUCAAGCUCCGGUUCUAGACUCCCGACCCACGCUUGCUGUGGAGGACGAGGAUGACCGCUUACGAGAGAGACGCCGGAUUAGCAUCGAGCAGGGAGUCGAACCUCCACCCAACGCUCAGAUACACACCUUCGAAGUGACGGCACAAAUCAACCCUCUUUACAAGCUCGGACCCAAACUAGCUCCGGGGAUGAAUGAGUUAGCCGGAGACGAGCGUGCGACGCUGCUCCUGCAGAGCUGUUUGGAGACGCUGGAUGAGGUCACUGCGUCCAGCACACCGUCUGACCCGGACUCGACCGCUGCGUCCCCGUCCUCACGCUCCCUCUCCGUCGCGCCUCUAGUUCAGCCAGACAGUCCCAAAUCACUCGACGGAUUCCUCCGCAUCCACACACAGAUCGACUACAUCCACUGUCUAGUCCCCGAUCUGCUCCGGAUCACUAACCUCCCGUGCUACUGGGGCGUCAUGGACCGAUACCAAGCCGAAACACUGCUGGAAGGCAAACCCGAAGGAACGUUCCUCCUGCGUGACUCUGCCCAGGAAGACUACCUGUUCUCGGUCAGCUUCCGGAGGUAUGGACGCUCGCUGCACGCACGGAUCGAGCAGUGGAACCAUAACUUCAGCUUCGACGUGCACGACCCCAGUGUGUUCCACGCUCCCACCGUCACCGGUCUGCUGGAGCACUAUAAAGACCCUAACUCCUGCAUGUUCUUCGAGCCGCUGCUGUCGAACCCCAUCCACCGCUCGCAGCCCUUCAGCCUGCAGCGCAUCUGCCGCGCCGUCAUCAGCAGCAGAACCUCGUACGACGGCAUCAACGCUCUGCCGCUGCCCAGCGCUCUGAAGGAGCACCUGAAGGAGUACCACUACAAGCAGCGCGUGCGCAUCCGCAGACUGGACACCUGCUGGGACUGACCGACUGACCACACGUGCCCUGAUCGAACCACGCCAGUGCCUUCCCCACGCUACUCACUGUGAGCGCUGAACGCUGUUAGCUCUUCCUUAUGACAAUGAACGGAGUAACACUGAAUCUGUAUUCUGUAUUUAUCAUCAUUCUCAAGACGAGGGAGUUAAGACCCGUUCAGGCCGAGAGCGAUAACUGUAACGAUGACUAUAACACUGACUAGGGCUGCACA